UCCUGGAGAAACAUGGCGACAGGAUGUCAAAACUGUAGAAUGUUAGAGGAGUACCUCUACUGGGAAUGCCUGGAGGACACGAGAAAAAGUUUUUUACAGAUUCUGCGUGAUGAUUUCUCAAACAGCCUUAAGAUUCCGAGGAAGUUUGUGGUGCACUUCAAACAAUUGAAGGACAAGGAACAAGUGAUCAAACUAGUAGCACCAAGUGAUCAUACAUGGAACGUCAAAUUGAUGAGAAAUAAUCUUGAUGCAUUUCUCACAGAUGGCUGGAACAAAUUCGUAAAUGACCAUUCACUAGAAAAUGGUGAUUGUCUAGUCUUCCAUUUCACUGGUGAGGCAACAUUCAGAGUGUUGAUUUUUGAUGAGAGUGGCUGUGAGAAGGAUAGUGCUUACUUUAUUAGACACAACUAUUCUCCAAGAACUCAAAGAGGCAGAAAGGAUGAAUCUGCAGAGGUAGAACUAAUCUCUAAUGAAGAUACUGAAGGCAGCUCCUCUAGAACACAUUACAUUAGAGAUGUUCCAAAUUCCUCGAGCCAUAAACCAAUGCUUGCAACAUCCAUCAAGAAAAUGCUUGAGAGAAACAGGAGAACUGCUCCAACAAAUCAUCAGAUGGAAAGUUCAAUCAAGUACAGAAGUGAUGAUGCAGAAGAAGCAGCAGCAGAGCCUAUGAAUCUUGAGCAGCAGAAAAUCUGUGUUGCAGGGCUAAGCAAGAAAAGACCAUAUUCAAUGUCUGAUUAUUCAAACCGGAGGCCAGCAACUGCUAAAGAGAAAGAAAAAGCUCUAAGUUUGGCCAAGCGUCUCAAACCAACAAAUCCAGCUUUCAUAGCAGUGAUGAGGCACACAAAUGUUUACAAAAACUUCUUUCUGCUGCUUCCAAUUAAAUUUGCGGCUGAAAAUCUCCCUCAAUGUGAUAGAAAUGUAGUGUUGCUGGCAGAGAAUGAUGAUAUCUGGAAGUUAAACUAUCUCUGGCAUACCAAUUCAGUCAGGUUUGGAGGAGGAUGGAAGAAAUUUGCAGAGGGCAAUGAGUUAGAAGUGGAUGAUGUGUGUCAUUUUGAGCUCAUUGAUAAUGUGAACUUAGUGUUCAAGGUUAGUAUCUUCCGAGCAGUGCCAAAGGUGAUGGAGCAAGAAGCUGAUGUCUCAAUAUCUGGGAGGAAAUAGAGAAGGCAGAAUGGUCAACCCUGCUAGUUUUAGUGUUGAAACUGUUAGGCUAAAGUCAUUAGUUGCUAAUUCCCUACUAAUUUUACAAGACAUUGCCGUAACUCUAAUCAUGCCACUCUUGUGGUGGUUAAGUUGGUUAAACUGUAGACUAAACCAUACUGUGCUAUUGUAGUGUUUUGCUCUCUUUGGUUGUGUUUUUUUUAUCAUCAUUUCUUCGGUCAAAUCUUAUUUCAUCACUUUGCUAAAUUUUAAUGAGACAUUGGCGCAGCUCAAAUCAUGCCAAAGGUAUUAUUCAAUUCUCCUUUUA